AUAGUGUGCUUAAAGGAACCCCCCGCGAAAGAUGAGUAAUGUCAACACAAGAUAACGGCCUGAGGAAGUAGAAGUCGUACCAGUGUGAAUGCCAACGUAACGAGUUCGAAUCCCGCCAAUACGCAAACAAAGCGUGUGGAAAAAUAAUGUUACCUGUGUGAAUGGUAAGGUCAGGUGUUCGAGGCACGGUCCGUGCAAAAGCUCCGAGAAGUGAUGGUUUUGGAAGCGUGGAUUCAGAGAAUGGGGAACAACGUGAGCAACAAUCUAAAAAAGACUGCUCUGUUGAGCUUGGAUUUGAAGAGGAGGAAAUCCAGAGCGCAGAAUUUUGCAGCAAAACCCUUGAUUGGCAUCCUGUCGUUCGAGGUCGCAAGCAUAAUGUCGAAGAGCGUGCAGUUGUGGCAGUCGCUGAGCGAGCUCGAGGUCCACAGGCUGCGAACCGAGGUGGUCACGUCCCCGGGAAUAAAGUAUUUGGUGUCUGAUGAUGAGGAUUAUUUGUUAGCGCUUGCCUGCGCUGAGAAGGUGGAAGAUCUUGAUAACCUUGCUGCUGCGGUCUCUAGAUUGGGUAAGAAAUGUAAUGAGCCAGCAUUGCUUGGCUUUGAGCACGUUUACAGUGAUUUGCUUUGCGGGAAUAUUGAUUUUAGGGAUCUGGAGUUUUUAAUCAAGGAUAUUGAUGCUAGCGUUAAGAAAAUGGAGAGGUAUAUUGCUGCCACGUCUAAUCUUUACCAGGAAUUGGAGGUCCUUACCGAUUUGGAGCAUUCUGCCAGGAAGUUGCAGAGGCAAGGUAAUAAUGAUGGUAGUUUAAGUGGAAGUAAUGGUAAUUUUAGUGGGAGUAUUGGUGGUGGAAGCUUCAGUGCGCUGCAGCAGAAGAUUCUGUGGAAGAAGCAGGGCAUAAAGCGCCUGCGGGAUGUUUCGCUGUGGAACCAGAGUUAUGAUAAAGUUGUCGGGAUUCUUGCGAGAAUGGUAUGUACAAUUUAUGGUAGAGUUUGCUCUGUUUUUGGCUCUUCUGCAAUUCUAGGGUCUCUUCCAGCUGAGUUGCGGGAUCAUUUUUCAGCUCAAUUGUAUAGCAAUGAGGAUGGUUAUGAUGAAAUUCGUCGGUCUGCCGUGGUUUCAGGGUCUGUUGAGCCCUACGGCCGCAGUAGUCCUCUUGACCGCUUAGACAAUAGGGAAAUUCGGUUUGCUUCUGGGCCUCUGGAAAGGCAACGGGUUGAAACCGUCGAUUUCGGCUAUAAAUCAGGUCCAAUUUUAAGUAGAUUAGGGUCUCGAAAGGCAUACCAGAAUAGGGAGCGUGGUGUACGAACUGAAACUAGCACAAUAUCUGCAAAUUGGAGCUCUAGCCCUGGCAGGCUGUUCAAAGAAUGCUUGAGUUUGAAUGGCAAUUCUUCGCCAAAGCAUCGCAAGUCACAAGCCGAGAAAAGGGUUGCAUCCAUGGUUUCGAAUUCCAAGCCUUGGGAAGGCUUUGGUGAGUAUAGAAAUCAUGGCUCCUCUACAGUCUCAAGAUCAGGGAAUGGUUUGUCCCCUGAUUCCCGCAUUCUGCCGCCCAGCGGACCAUUACAGCCACAGCGGCAUUCUGGUCCUGUUUACCCUGUUCCUCGGAAUAGUGGUGGACUUUCACCCUUAGUGCUCUCGGGUCCUAUUUACAACAAGCAGCAGCAUACAAGGUCGCAGUUUGGUUCCAAAUUCAAAUUGGUUCAUGCACCACCAUCGACUCUCGGUGGAGCUGCUCUGGCUUUGCACUAUGCAAAUGUGAUUAUCCUCGUGGAGAAGUUGGUGCGCUUUCCACAUUUGGUUGGCCAUGAUGCAAGAGAUGACCUGUAUCAGAUGUUACCAAUGAGUGUGAGAAUGGCAUUAAGAUCAAGACUCAAGUCUUAUGCAAAGAAUUUGGCAUCCACAAUAUAUGAUGCGCCCCUAGCAGCAGAUUGGAAGGAAGCUUUGGAGACAAUAUUGGGAUGGUUGGGCCCCCUCGCCCACAACAUGAUUAGAUGGCAGUCCGAGCAUAAUUUCGAGCAACAAAAGGCUGUUUCCAAGACCAAUGUCCUUUUGCUGCAAACACUCUAUUUUGCAGAUCAAUCAAAGACAGAGGCAACAAUCACAGAACUUCUUGUUGGUUUGAAUUACAUUUGUAGAUAUGAGCAAGAAAUUAGAGCCAGUGGAUUAAUGGAUUGCAGUAGCCAAGACUAUGACGAAUAUUUAGAAUGGCAUUUGUGACAUUGUUUUUCUCAAAGCCUUUGAGAUAAAAUUGGCUAUGUAGAAAGAUGUCAUUUCGCUUGAUUUUCAGAGAUUGCCUCAUCAAGAUGGCUUUGAGCUAUUUGCAGGCCUAACAGGGCUGAGUUUCUCUAUUGGCACACCAGUGAUCCUGAAAAACCGGGCCAAGUUCUUUUAUAUUUUCUUGAUAUGGUUCACCAUAUUAUGGAUCCCAGGUUCCUAUUUGUUCCAAGGUGCUUGACACUUCCUUACAAUAUACAGGUAGACAAUCAAAAUGAUAUCAAUAUGUUGCCUCAAAGAUUGUUAACCUUUUCUCCUAUUUGAACUUUGGAUGAUAAGUGGAAUCACUUUUACAGCACUCUCAGAUGGUCUUUCAACAGUACCAGUUACCACUUUGAGGUUGUCUUUCUUUUGCAGCAGAUGCUGUCCAUAAUUCAGGAAGGUUGACAAGAUGUUAAAGGUUUGCUAGAAGAUGCUUGUAGUUGUCUUGCAACUAUUCUAUGUACGUUGAUUUAUAAAUUCCUCUAUUAGAGGGUGUAAUUAAGUAAUUGAAAUCAAUCCAAACAAACAGGGACUGCAAGUGUGGAAAAUGAAUAAAUGAACACACAUACAGAGGUUUUUUCAUAUACAUAAAUUAAUUCCUGAACUUCUAAGAAGUUCGUAGGGCAUCUCACAUCUUUGAUUUGCAGUUACAAUGGUUUAUGUUUUUUAUCAGUUGCCAUAGUUUGGGGUUUCAGCCAAACUUCUAAAUUGCUUCUUGACAGAAAAUGCUGAAGGCCAGUAGCAGCUUUCAGUUUUUGAGAGAUUAAUAAAGCGGCUUUGGGGAAA